AUGAGCGAAUAGGAAGCGAGUGAUAAGAUGACUUUUAAAGCUUAUGCUUAACUGCCUUAUAAGCCUUUUAAGUUUACAGAGCCAACAGAAUAGUUAAAUUUGAGACUAGUGGCAAAUAUUGACCCUGAUUAGUUGUAUUAUAGAGGAGAUUUAGAUUAGGCUUCUGCUGUUUUGAAAAAUUUUGUAAACAGCCACAUUCCAGAGGAAAUGGAUUACGAAAUGUUUAAUAAAUUAUUUAGACUAUCAUAAUUAGCAAUUGAAUACUACUCUUAAGAGUAGGCUAAUAGAUAACAAGUAAUAGAUGACUAAUACUUGAAAUAUAAAUAGUUGUAGGAAUAAGAAAAGAAUUUAAAUGAAUUAAAGAUAAAACACAAUGAAAAGAAAGAAACUUAUAAAGAACAAAUCAAGUAACUUAGCAAAAAGAUCAAAGAAAUGAAAAAAGAGGCAGAAAGAAUUGGUAGUUACAAAUGUGUUUAUUGUUCUAAGGCAUAUAGAGAUAAAGAUGGAUUAGAUUCUCAUGUAAAGAGAAGACAUUUAGAUAUGCUUAAUGAGAUAUAGGAAACAAAGGACAUGAUUAAAGAGCGCUAAGACCCAAUUUAUUAGCUAAAAAAGAAGCAACAAGAUGAAAUUAGAGAAUAAAACAAAAUACAAUUAGAAAGACUCUAAGAAUUACAAAAGUAGCUUGAGCAGGCUAAGAUAAACGAAGCCAAAUUGGUAGAAUAAAUUACUAGUAAGCUUCAAUAAGAUUUUGAUAUGAAAAUAAGCUAAGUUAUUACAUUACAAAACGAAGAAAAGUAAAAAGAAAUAGAGAAAUCUUCAAAAAUUUUACAAUAAAAGGAAGAGAUUUAACAGAAAAAUUAGAUAAAAGAAUAAGAGAUAAACACUUAUUUAGAAAAAAUGAAUCAAAAUCUAGAGAAUUUCUAAAAAAACUUUUCAAAAAUUUAAGAGUAGCAAGAAAAAAUGACCAAAUAGCAAGAAGAAUACACUAAAUAAUUAGAUAAAAUUUCACAAAAUUAAGAAGAGUUAAAAAAAUCAUCACUUUAACAAUCAGCUCUUAUUAAAGAAUAACAAAGUAUGUACGUUGGUAAUAUUGUAUCUAACAAAACUGUACCUUUGCCUAUCAAUACAAAAUAAAAUUCGAAAUAAGAACAAUUUCCUGUAUAAGCUCAUCCAACAGCUGAUUUUUAAAAUGCCACUAAAUAGCCUAAAACUUUCUUUAACCAAGAAGAAGAAGAUUCCUUUUUAAAUAACAACAGCUCAGUUAUUGACGACUAAUAAAUAAGAGAAUUUAAAGGUUUGAACCCAAAAUCAGGAUUUUUAUAAGCAAAGGUAAUCCACAUAGGAGAUUUAGAAGAUGAUUUUGAUAGCGAAGACGAAAACAGAAAGUCAUAUUUAAAAUAAAAAUAAGAAAGUGAGAUUAGAAAUCAGAUCUAGCAAGAGUUAAAAAAUGACAAAUAAGACUAGAGUAAAGUUAAUCCUAAAUCUUAGACUUACAUUUACCAAGAUCCUUCGAACAUGAGCAUUGAAAAUAAUAACAAAAAUUAAAAUGGAGUUAAAAGUUUAAGCACAAUACAGGAUUAAGAUUUGUUUGGUUUAUAAAGAAUGAGCUAAACUUAAAUAGACGACGAUAAAUAAAAGCUUAAAAAUAUGAAUAAUACUAAAACAGUUUCAAAGAAAUAAAUAGAAGAGUAGAAUAAAAUUGAUGAAUCUGAAGAGAAAUUAUACUUUUAGAGUGAAAGCAACAAUACUCAAGAAACUCCUAGAUAGCCAAAUGUUUUGUCUAACUAAAUGAGUUUCGGAGCUAAAGGGCUUGAAGUUGGUUCCGAAUAAAAUCUAGGAAGAAAGAGCAUGUUCAGCAGCUAAAAAGGGAAAAAAUUAGAUGAAUUGCAUAUUUCAGAAUAACCUAGCAAAGAACAAUAAAAAAGUCUUGCUAAUUCUGAAAGAGAGUAAAAUGAUAAAAAAGAUAAAAAAGAAAAUAAAAAUAAAGGAGACAAAAAAGACUCUUUUAGCAUCAGUGAUGAAGAAAUUAAUUCAAGUUCAAGCAGUUUAUCAGAUAUUUCAGCAAGGAUGAAAGACAACUAUAAAAAAAAGAACAAAAAUUCAAAUCAUUCAUCAAAAAAAUCAAUUGGAAAUGUAAAAGACAUACCUUCUCCUCAUCCUAAGGAUGAUAAGGACAGCAAAUCCAAGCAAAUAUUAAAGAAAAGUUCAAACUAAUUUGAAGAGGAUUCAAAAAACACUAGCAAAAAUUAAAUAGAGGACGAUAAAAGAAAAAAAAGCUAGGAAGUUAAUCAAAAUAGCUAAAAUAAUUCAUUUGGAAUAUUUAAAAAAGAUUUAAAUGAAGCUAAGGGUUAGCUAAAUAUUUCAGAUAAUUAAAAGCUAAAAGAAAACAAUGCCAAUAAAGAAGAAGAACCAAAUAAUAAACCAAAAGAAGAAAAUGUUAAAACAAAAGAAUCAGAAGAGUCUUCCUUCUUGAGAAGAGGCUCUAAAGAUUCAUUUACAAACCUGUAAUAGUCUCCCAGAGAAUCCAAGAAUCAAAUAUCAUAAAAAGAUACUUCAAAUGAUUAAAAAUAAUCUUUCUCACUGCCUCUAAUGCAACCUCCUCCUGAUCUAGCUAGCCAUUAAUAAGAUUCAAUUUUUGAUAAAAUUUAAAAAACAGAUUCAAUACCUACAUAGUUAGGUUAAAAGUAGCAAAGUGAUUAAGAAAUAAAGGGAAAAAAAUUAAGUAAAUUCGGAUAAAGAUCAUUAGAUACAGAACAACAAAAUAAAUCCUAAACAUCAUUAAAUAAGAUAGACUCAAAUGAGUCAGAAAAGAAUAAAGAUUUAUCAGAUUUACAAUAAAAAAAAGAAUUAGAUAAAUCUGAUGAUAAAAAUAAGUUGACUACCCUUUAAACUGAUAACAAAUAAAUAGAAGAAAAGUAAGAUAAAUAAGCCUCAUUAUCAUAAAACUAACCAUAGUAAUAAUAAAACGAUCUUUUGAAAAAUUAAAAUGAAUAAAAACAAGAUAAUUAGAAGAAAUUGAAGUCUCAAAAAUCUAAUAAAAUCGAAGAAGAAAACAAAUAAAAUUAAACUGAUAGAAAGAUAAAUGAACCAGAUAAAAAUAUUAAAAAUGAAGAUGAAACUAAAAGUAAGGCAACUGAAGCUAAUAAAAACAAUUAAAAUGAAACUGAUAAAAAAUCAGAAUCUCAUUCUUUAGCUAAAAAGAAGUCUGUUGAAGAGGAGAAAAAAUAAGACUAAUUAAAAACAUAGGAGUAAAACAAAUUUUAGAUAUAAUCUUUGAAAAAAGCUGAUGAUUCAACUUUUGAUUUUUACAAAGACUCACCUAGAUAAGAAUAAUAAUUAACAGCGACUGAGUAGAAUUAUUCAGUAGAAAAUUAACUUCUUUCAGUGAACAAUAAUAGUGAUGAAGAUAAAAAUAAAAAAUAGCAUCCCACCACUAUUGGAAGGCACCAAAUCAAGCACGAAGAAAAAAAAGCAGAAGCAACUGGUUUCAAGCCUUUCGUUAAUUCUGAGAUCGAUGAAAUCCGUAAAGAAUUAAGCUCUAAAUAAAAAAAUAAAAUUGACAAGUUAGAGAAAAAAUAUGGGGAAUUCUCAGAUGAUGACGAUGAAAUAGAAAGGGAAUUAGAAGACUCAAAAGAGAAGCAAAAAAAUAAAAAUAAAUUAGCAGGAGCAUUUGAAGAAAUAGAUGAUGAUGAUUUUUGA